CUUGCUCAACAUGUGGCUGGUAAAUUGGGCUGUCGGGUGAGUUGGGAAACACCAAUGGGUCUUCCCGUCACACAACCAUACAUCCGUCUACCCGGUUCCGCAUCCAAUACCAAUUAUCCGGAUGAACAUUGCGGAUCUGGCGAUUUUUCACCGGCCUUUUCCCCGCCAACGUCGGGAACGCAUGUAUUCCACCCCCCGCCCACUUCAGGUCGUCAAGUGCCUAUUCCCAAUCAAAUCAAACAGAAAAAUGCAUUCCCACCUAAUUUUAUUCACUCGUUGGAUUCGUGCCAUAUGAUGCUGACCGCAUUGCAUUGUCUGAAAGCGGGAAUCACAUUCGCCUCGGUGCACGACUGUUUCUGGACACAUGCGGCCACUGUGGACGUGAUGAAUCGGAUCUGUCGCGAAGAGUUCAUCGCAUUGCACAGUGAGCCGAUUCUGACCAGUUUCGCUCGCUACCUUCGUCAUAGAUUCGCCUAUUCCGACAGGUGA